AUGGUCGGUUCGGUGUCGAGGUCCUCCAUGUCCGGCAGGCACUCAAUGGCAUCAAGGGCUGCGGUUGUCAGUGGUGGAUUUGAGGGGAGCUGUCUUGUCCCGCACUGGUCCCAUUGCCGUCUUGAUGUCAUCGUUCAUCCCUCUGAUGUUCUCUGUAAUUGCUGCUGUCUGGAUGGUUUCGCUAAGCUCUGUUCAGUACUCGUUAGCGCAGAGUCUGGUAGUUUGAUGAGCUUUUCUCCUGGCAGCCCCGUUCCUUCUCGGCUUCCUUUUCCUUCAGCGUUCCUUCUCAGCUUCCUUUUCCUUCAGCUUUUCCUUCUCUUCUCUUCCUUUUCCUUCAGCUUCCUUCUUUCCCUUCAGCGUUCCUUCUCGGCUUCCUUUUCCUUCAGCGUUCCUUCUCGGCUUCCUUUUCCUUCAGCGUUCCUUCUCGGCUUCCUUUUCCUUCAGCGUUCCUUCUCGGCUUCCUUUUCCUUCAGCGUUCCUUCUCUUCAGCGUUCCUUCUCCUUUUCCUUCAGCGUUCCUUCUCAGCUUCCUUUUCCUUCAGUUUUCCUUCGCUUCCCUUUUCUCAGCUUCCCUUUUCCUUCAGCGUUCCUUCUGGCUUCCUUUUCCUUCAGCGUUCCUUUCUUUUUUUUCCUUCUCGGCUUCCUUUUUUUCCUUCCUUUUCCUUCGUUCCUUCUCGGCUUCCUUUUCCUUUUUUUCCUUUUCCGUUCCUUUUCUUCAGCGUUUUUUCCUUUUCCUUCAGCGUUCCUUCUCGGCUUCCUUUUCCUUUUCCGUUCCUUCUCGGCUUUUUUUCCUUUUCCGUUCCUUCUCGGCUUUUUUUCCUUUUCCGUUCCUUCUCGGCUUUUUUUCCUUUUCCGUUCCUUCUCGGCUUUUUUUCCUUUUCUUUUUCCUUCUCCUUUUCCGUUCCUUCUCGCUUUUUAUUUUUCGUUUCCUUCUCAGCUUUUUUCCUUUUCCUUCAGCGUUCCUUUUCGCCUACUUUUCAUUCAGCUUUCCUUUUCGGCUUCUUUUCAUUCAGUUUUCCUUCCAUUCAAUUUUCCUUCUCUACUUUACUAUCCAUUUCGUUCUCUCUCUCUCUUUUUCGCUGUAUCCAUUUCGUUCUCUCUCUCUCUCUCUUUUUCGCUGUAUCCAUUUCGUUUCUCUCUCUCUCUUUUUCGCUGUAUCCAUUUCGUUCUCUCUCUCUCUUUUUCGCUGUAUCCAUUUCGUUCUCUCUCUCUCUUUUUCGCUGUAUCCAUUUCGUUCUCUCUCUCUUUUUCGCUGUAUCCAUUUCGUUCUCUCUCUCUUUUUCGCUGUAUCCAUUUCGUUCUCUCUCUCUUUUUCGCUGUAUCCAUUUCGUUCUCUCUCUCUUUUUCGCUGUAUCCAUUUCGUUCUCUCUCUCUCUCUUUUUCGCUGUAUCCAUUUCGUUCUCUCUCUCUCUCUUUUUCGCUGUAUCCAUUUCGUUCUCUCUCUCUCUUUUUUCGCUGUAUCCAUUUCGUUCUCUCUCUCUUUCGCUGUAUCCAUUUCGUUCUCUCUCUUUUUCGCUGUAUCCAUUUCGUUCUCUCUCUUUUUCGCUGUAUCCAUUUCGUUCUCUCUCUUUUUCGCUGUAUCCAUUUCGUUCUCUCUCUCUUUCGCUGUAUCCAUUUCGUUCUCUCUCUCUUUCGCUGUAUCCAUUUCGUUCUCUCUCUCUUUUUCCAUUUCGUUUUCUCUCUCUCUUUCCUUUCCAUUCGUUUCUCUCUUUUUCGCUGUAUCCAUUUCGUUCUCUCUCUUUUUCGCUGUAUCCAUUUCGUUCUCUCUCUUUUUCGCUGUAUCCAUUUCGUUCUCUCUCUUUUCGCUUUGUAUCCAUUUCAUUCUCUUUUUCUUUUCCUUUGUAUCCAUUUCGUUCUCUCUCUUUUCUGUAUCCAUUUCGUUCUCUCUUUUUUCGCUGUAUCCAUUUCAUUUCUCUCUCUUUUCGCUGUAUCCAUUUCGUUCUCUCUCUUUUUUGUAUCCAUUUUUCUCUCUCUUUCCAUUAUCCAUUUUUUUCUCUCUCUUUUUCGCUUUAUCCAUUUCGUUCUCUCUCUCUUUUCUGUAUCCAUUUGUUCUCUCUCUCUCUCCUUUUUUAUCCAUUUCGUUCUCUCUCUUUUUUCGCUGUAUCCAUUUUCUCUCUCUCUCUCUUUCUAUCCAUUUGUUCUCUCUCUCUCUCUCAUUUGUAUCCAUUUCUUUCUCUCUCUCUCUCUUUUAUCCAUUUCAUUCUCUCUCUCUCUCUUUGUUUAUCCAUUUCAUUUCUCUCUCUCUCUCUCUCUCUGUAUCCAUUUCGUUCUCUCUCUCUCUCUCGCUGUAUCCAUUUCGUUCUCUCUCUCUCUCUCGCUGUAUCCAUUUCGUUCUCUCUCUCUCUCUCUUUUAUCCAUUUUUCUCUUCUCUCUCUCUUUCCUGUAUCCAUUUCAUUCUCUCUCUCUCUCCUUUGCUUAUCCAUUUCGUUCUCUCUCUCUCUCUCGCUUUGUAUCCAUUUCUUUCUCUCUCUCUCUCUCUCGCUGUAUCCAUUUCAUUUCUCUCUCUCUCUCUCCUUUGUAUCCAUUUCAUUUUCUCUCUCUCUCUUUUCCUGUAUCCAUUUCGUUUCUCUCUCUCUCUUUUGUUUUAUCCAUUUCGUUUCUCUCUCUCUCUCUUUUUGUAUCCAUUUCAUUCUCUCUCUCUCUCUCUCUUUGUAUCCAUUUUUCUCUUCUCUCUCUCUCUCUCUCUCUCUCUCUCUUUCGCUGUAUCCAUUUCUUUCUCUCUCUCUCUCUCUUUCGCUGUAUCCAUUUCUUUCUCUCUCUCUCUGUAUUUCGCUGUAUCCAUUUCGUUCUCUCUCUCUCUCUCUCUUGUUUUUUGUAUCCAUUCAUUUUCUCUCUCUCUCUCUCUUUCUCGCUGUAUCCAUUUCAUUCUCUCUCUCUCUCUCUUUUCCAUUUUCAUUCUCUCUCUCUCUCUCUCUCUUUUUCGCUGUAUCAUUUCGUUCUUCUCUCUCUCUCUCUUUUUCGCUGUAUCCCAUUUUCUCUCUCUCUCUCUUUUUUUUCUAUCCAUUUCUUUCUCUCUCUCUCUCUUUUUUUGUAUCCAUUUCGUUCUCUCUCUCUCUUUUUUCGCUGUAUCCAUUCAUUUUUCUCUCUCUCUCUCUUUUUUCGCUGUAUCCAUUCAUUCUCUCUCUCUUUUCGCUGUAUUUUUUUUCGUUCUCUCUCUCUCUUUUUUUUUUAUCCAUUUCAUUCUCUCUCUCUCUUUCUUUUUCUGUAUCCAUCUCUCUCUUCUCUCUCUCUUUUUCGCUGUUUUCUCUCUCUCUUUCUCCAUUUAGAUUUUCUCUCUCUCUCUUUUUCUCUCUCUUUUCCAUAUCCAUUCUCUCUCUCUCUUUUUCGCGUUCUCUCUAUCCAUUUCGUUCUCUCUCUUUUUUUUCGCAGUUUUAUCCAUUUCGUUCUCUCUCCAUUCUCUCUCUCUCUUUUUCGCUGUAUCCAUUUCGUUCUCUCUCUCUUUUUCGCUGUAUCCAUUUCGUUCUCUCUCUCUUUUCGCUGUAUCCAUUUCAUUCUCUCUCUCUGUUUUCGUUUUCUCUUUUCUCUGUAUCCAUUUCUUUCUCUCUCUCUUUUUCUGUAUCCAUUUCAUUCUCUCUCUCUUUUUCUGUAUCAUUUUCUCUCUCUCUUUUUUGCUAUUAUCCAUUUCGUUCUCUCUCUCUUUUUCUCUCUAUCUUUUUCUCUCUUCUCUGUAUCCAUUAUCCAUUCUCUUUCUCUCUCUCUUUUUUCGCUGUCCAUUUCUUUCUCUCUCUCUCUUUCUCUCUCUCUCCUUUUUUUUUUCUCUCUCUCUCUCUUUCUCAUUUUCUGUAUCCAUUUUCUUCUCUCUCUCUUUUCUGUUCCAUUUCGUUCUCUCUCUCUCUCUCUUUUUUUCAUUUCUUUUCUCUCUCUCUGUCUCUCUCCAUUGUUUUUUCUCUCUCUCUCUCUCUGUAUCCUUAUCUUUCUCUCUCUCUCUCUGUAUCCUUAUCUUUCUCUCUCUCUCUCUCUCUCUGUAUCCUUAUCUUUCUCUCUCUCUCUCUCUCUCUCUCUGUUUUUCGCUGUAUCCAUUUCUUUCUCUCUCUCUUUUUUUUCUGUAUCCAUUUCUUUCUUCUCUCUCUCUUUUUCUGUAUCCAUUUCUUUCUCUCUCUCUCUGUUUUUUUUCUCCAUUCAUUCUCUCUUCUCUCUCUCUUUUUCUAUCCAUUUCUUUCUCUCUCUCUCUCUUUUUCUCUCCAUUUUCUUUCUCUUUUCUCUGUGUUUUUUCUAUCCGUUCUCUCUCUCUGUUUUUUCGCUGUAUCCUUUCUUUUCUCUCUCUCUAUGUUUUUCUAUCCAUUUCUUUCUCUCUCUCUCUCUCUUUUUUUUCUAUCCAUUUCUUUCUCUCUCUCUCUCUCUCUGUUUUUUCGCUCUUAUCCAUUUCUCUCUCUCUCUCUUCUCUCUCUCUCUCUCUCUCCAUUUUUCUCUUUUCUUAUCCAUUCCAUUUCUCUCUCUCUCUCUCUUCUCUCUCUUUUUUCGCUGUAUCCAUUCUCUCUCUCUCUCUCUCUCUCUCUCUCUGUAUCUCUUCUCUCUCUCUCUCUUUUUUCUCUUUUUCAUUUCAUUUCUCUCUCUUCUGUUUUUCUCUCCAUUUCUCUCUCUCUCUCUCUUUGUUUUUCACUGUAUCCAUUUCUUUCUCUCUCUCUCUCUCUCUCUUUUUUUCUGUAUCCAUUUCGUUCUCUCUCUCUCUCUGUUUUCGCUCUUAUCCAUUUCUUCUCUCUCUCUCUCUCUCUCUCUCUUUUUUUUUGUAUCCAUUUCUUUCUCUCUCUCUCUCUUGUUUUCCAUUUCAUUCUCUCUCUCUCUCUGUCUUUUUCUUAUCCAUUUCUUUCUCUCUCUCUCUCUUUUUCGCUGUAUCCAUUCUCUCUCUCUCUCUCUUUUCUUCUCUCUCUCUCUUUCUCUUUUCAUUUUAUCCAUUUCUUUCUCUCUCUCUCUCAGUGUUUUUCUGUAUCCAUUUCUCUCUCUCUCUCUCUUUUUUCUCUAUCCAUUUCUUUCUCUCUCUCUUUUAUCUAUUUUCCAUUUCUUCUCUCUCUCUCUCUCUAUUUUUUCUCUCCAUUUUUAUCUCUCUUCUCUCUCUCUCUUUUUCUAUCAUUUCUCUCUCUCUCUCUCUCUGUUUAUCUCUUUUUCGUUCUCUCUCUCUCUCUUUCUCUCUUUUUGUAUCCAUUUCUCUCUUCUCUCUCUCUGUUUUUCUAUGUAUUUUCUCUCUCUCUCUCUCUCUAUUUUUCCUAUCCAUUCUUUCUCUCUCUCUCUCUCUCUUUUCGCUGUAUCCAUUUCUCUCUCUCUCUCUCUCUCUGUUUUUCUCAUUUCUCUCUCUCUCUUUCGCUGUAUCCAUUUCGUUCUCUCUCUCUCUCUUUCUCAUUCUUUUUCUCUCUCUCUCUCUCUUUUAUCUGUAUCCAUUUCGUUUCUCUCUCUCUCUUUCUUUGUAUCCAUUUCGUUCUCUUUCUCUCUCUCUCUCUCUUUUCUGUAUCCAUUUCUCUCUCUCUCUCUCUCUCUCUUUUCGCUGUCAUUUCUCUCUCUCCAUUUCUUUCUCUCUCUCUCUCUCUCUCUUUUUUUUCUUAUCCAUUUCAUUCUCUCUCUCUCUCUCUUUUCUGUUUUUUCUCUUUUCUUUCUUUCUCUCUCUCUCUCUCUCUCUUUUUUUGCUGUAUCCAUUUCUUUCUCUCUCUCUCUCUCUCUUUCUGUUUUCUAUCCAUUUCUCUCUCUCUCUCUCUCUCUCUUUUUUUUCCAUUUCUUUCUCAUUCUCUCUCUCUCUCUCUCUGUUUUUCCAUUCUCUCUCUCUCUCUCUCUCCGUUCUCUCUCUUUUCUCUUUUUCUCUCUCUCUCUCUCUCUCUCUCUGUUUUUCGCUGUAUCUUUUUCUCUCUCUCUCUCUCUUUUAUUUUUUCCAUUUUUCUUCUCUCUCUCUCUUUUCUGUAUCCAUUUCAUUCUCUCUCUCUCUUUUCGCUGUAUCCAUUUUGUUUCUCUCUCUCUCUUUUUCGUUCUGUAUCAUUUCGUUCUCUGUUUUUCUCUCUCUAUCCAUUUCGUUCUCUCUCUCUCUUUUCGCUGUAUCCAUUUCGUUCUCUCUCUCUCUCUCUCUUUUCGCUGUAUCCAUUUUCUCUCUCUCUCUCUCUCUUUCUUUCGCUGUAUCCAUUUCUCUCUCUCUCUCUCUCUCUCUCUUCUCUAUUUCUUUCUUUCUCUCUAUCCAUUUCGUUCUCUCUCUCUCUCUCUCUUUCUCUAUUGUAUCCAUUUCUCUUCUCUCUCUCUCUCUUUUUCUCUCUGUAUCCUCUCUCUCUUUCGCUGUAUCCAUUUCUCUCUCUCUCUCUUUUUUUUUGUAUCCAUUUCAUUUCUUUCUCUCUCUCUCUCUCUCUUUUCGCUGUAUCCAUUUCGUUCAUUUCUCUCUCUCUCUCUCUCUCUCUUUUCGCUGUAUCCAUUUCUUUCUCUCUCUCUCUCUGUUUUUCUCUCUAUCCGUUCUCUGUUUCUCUCUGUAUCCAUUUUUUUCUCUCUCUCUCUCUCUCUUUUUUUUUCCUUUCUUAUCCAUUUCUUUCUCUCUCUCUCUUUGUUUUUCGCUGUAUCAUUCCAUUCUCUCUCUCUCUCUCUUUCGCUGUAUCCAUUUCUUUCUCUCUCUCUUUCGCUGUAUCCAUUUCUUUCUCUCUCUCUUUCGCUGUAUCCAUUUCUUUCUCUCUCUCUUUCGCUGUAUCCAUUUCUUUCUCUCUCUCUCUCUUUUUUUUUUCCGUUCUCUCUCUCUCUCUCUCUUUUUUGUAUCCAUUUCUCUCUCUCUCUCUCUCUCUUUCUGUAUCCAUUUCUUUUCUCUCUCUCUUGUAUUUUUUUCUCUCUCUCUCUCUUUUUUUUUGUAUCCAUUUCUCUUCUCUCUCUGUUUUUCGCUGUAUCCAUUUUUCUCUCUCUCUCUCUCUUUGUUUUUCUCUAUCUCUCUCUCUCUCUCUCUUUUUCUCUUUUCGCUGUAUCCAUUUUUCUCUCUCUCUCUCUCUUUUUCUCUCUCUCUCUCUUUUUCGCUGUAUCCAUUUCUUUCGUUUUUUUUCAUUCUCUCUCUCUCUUUUUUUAUCCAUUUCUUUCUCUCUCUCUCUGUUUUUUCUCUCUCUUUUGUAUCCAUUUCGUUCUCUCUCUCUGUCCAUUUUCUUCUCUCUCUCUCUCUCUCUUUUAUCCAUUUUUUCUCUCUCUCUCUCUCUUUUCUUUUUAUCCAUUUCAUUCUCUUCUCUCUCUCUCUUUUCUUUGUAUCCAUUUCAUUUCUUUCUCUCUCUCUUUCUCUGUAUCUUUUUCUAUCGUUCUCUCUCUCUCUCUCUCUUUUUUCUGUAUCCCAUUUCUCUCUCUCUCUCUUUUUUCUGUAUCCAUUUCGUUCUCUCUCUCUCUCUAUUUUCUGUAUCUUUCAUUUCUCUCUCUCUUUUUCUCUGUAUCCAUUUCUUUUCUCUCUCUCUCUCUAUUUAUUUCGCUGUAUCCAUUUCUUUCUCUCUCUGUAUUUUAUAAGGCAUUUUUCUCUCUCUCUCUUUUUUUUGUAUCCAUUUCUUUUUCUCUCUCUCUCUUUUAUGUUUUUAUCCAUUUCUUUUCUCUCUCUCUCUCCUCUCUUUUUUUUGUAUCCAUUUCUUUCUCUCUCUUUCAAUUUUUUUUCUAUCCAUUUCUUUCUCUCUCUCUUUUCGCUGUAUCCAUUUCUUCUCUCUCUCUCUCUCUUUUCGCUGUAUCCAUUUCGUUUCUUCUCUCUCUCUCUCUCUUUCUCUCUCUCUCUUUUCUCUGUAUCCAUUUCAUUUCUCUCUCUCUCUCUCUCUGUCUCUCAUUCAGUUUUUUUGUAUCAUUUCUCUCUUCUCUCUCUCUCUUUUUUCGCUGUAUCCAUUUCUUUUCUCUCUCUCUCUCUCUCUCUCUUUUGUUUUUUCUCUCUCUCUCUCUCUCUCUGUAUCCAUUUCUUUCUCUCUCUCUCUCUCUCUGUUUUUCGCUGUAUCCAUUUCUUUCUCUCUCUCUCUCUCUGUGUUUUUCGCUGUAUCCAUUUCUUUCUCUCUCUCUCUCUCUGUUUUUCUCUCUCUCUCUCUUUUGUAUCCAUUUUCUUUCUCUCUUUCUCUCUCUCUCUCUCUCUCUUUUCGCUUUAUCCUUUUCUUUCUCUCUCUCUCUCUUUUUCUGUAUCCAUUUUUCUCUCUCUCUCUCUCUCUCUUUUUUUUCUCUCUCUCUCUCUUUUCUGUUUUCAUUUCAUUCUCUCUCUCUCUCUUUUCGCUGUAUCCAUUUUUCGUUCUCUCUCUCUCUCUUUCUUUCUUCUCUCUCUAACUUUUCGCUCCAUUUCGUUCUCUCUCUUUGUUUUUCGCUGUAUCCAUUUCGUCUCUCUCUCUCUCUUUCUCUGUUUUUUCUCUCUCUCUCUCUCUCUCUCUCUUUUUUCUUUAUCCAUUUCGUUAUUCUCUCUCUCUCUCUCUCUUUUUGUUCGUGCAGUCUCCUCUCUCUCUCUAUUUUCAGCUGA